UGACUGCUCUAGGAUUUAGACAUAAUACAUUUUAUAUGUUUAUCUGCUUCUAAUUUUGACAUUAUUGUAAUACUGACAAAUUGUCUGCUGUCUUCUUCUGCUCUACAGGAGGACGGUAUGAAUUCACAGUAAUUUGGGUGCUUCCCCAAGGUGUGGUGGAUGGGAGAUGUUUAGGCUGUCUGGAGGUGUCCUGACUUCGGCUCGUUCACUGUUUGCAUCCAUUGGAAGGGCACAGGUGUUGAUGGUUAAUAUGUUCUAUGCUGUGAGAAGAGGACGGAACCCAGGAGUAUACAGUACAUGGGAUGAAUGCAAAGAACAAGUGGAACGCUUUGCAGGUGCCAGGUACAAGAAGUUUGCCUGCGAGGAAGAGGCCUGGAAGUUUGUAAGGGAAACUGAAGGAGCCCCCGCAAAAAGUUCUGAAAGUAGUGGUGGCACACAGAAUCCCUCUGCAAGCAAAGAAAAACAGGAUAAUGUACUUCCUUCGUUCCGUGCCAAGAGACCGCUCCAGCUUUCUAGCAUCUCUACUACGGAUCAGUCUUCACCUAAACGAACUAAACUGAUUGAUAUCAGUGCCUUACCACCCAUGAUUGGACACUCAUUUACUAAUAUGGGAGAUGCCACUGUGGUGUACACUGAUGGUUGCUGCUCACAAAAUGGGAAACUUAAGGCACGAGCUGGAAUUGGGGUUUACUGGGGACCAAACCACCCCAUGAACGUGGCAGAAAAACUUGAUGGAAGACAAACAAAUCAGCGAGCAGAGAUCCAGGCAGCAUGCAAAGCCAUAGAACAGGCCAAAAGCCAGAAUAUCGCAAAGCUUGUGCUGUACACGGACAGCAUGUUUACAAUAAAUGCUAUCACUAAAUGGAUACAUACGUGGAAAAAGAAUGGCUGGAAGCUCAGCACUGGUGCAGAUGUCAAAAACAGGGAGGACUUUGAAAAACUGCACAGUCUAGUGAACGGGAUUGAUGUGAAAUGGAUACACAUCCCAGGACACGCUGGCUUUGGAGGAAACGAAGAGGCUGACAGACUUGCUAGAGAAGGAGCUAAGAAGUCUUUAACAAGUUGA